AUGUCCGACGACGACGAUUUCAUGCAGGAUUCCGGGGACGAAGAUUAUGACUUUGAAUACGAAGACGACGAUGACGAUGAGGCGGGGGAUAUCGGAAUCGAAAACAAAUACUACAAUGCGAAACAACUCAAGGUCGAUAACCCUGAAGAGGCGGUGGAUGAGUUCUUAGGCGUACCGGCAUUAGAACAAGACAAAAGCGACUGGGGGUUCAAAGGAUUGAAACAGGCCAUCAAGUUGGAAUUCAAACUAGGACGAUAUAGCGAUGCGGUUGAACACUACCGGGAACUCCUCACCUAUGUCAAGUCCGCCGUCACCCGCAAUUACUCCGAGAAAUCCAUCAAUAAUAUGCUCGACUAUAUCGAAAAGGGAUCCGAUGACGCCCAGGCGUACCAGUGUAUGGAGGAGUUCUACUCCUUGACCCUCGACUCCUUCCAGAAUACCAACAACGAACGACUGUGGCUCAAGACAAACAUUAAAUUGGCCCGAUUAUGGCUGGAGCGCAAGGAAUUCUCACAACUGAGCAAGAAGGUCCGAGAUCUGCAUCGGGCGUGCCAGCGUGAGGAUGGAUCAGAUGAUACAAGCAAGGGGACAUACUUGCUCGAGCUCUUUGCACUCGAGAUUCAGAUGUACGCCGAAAUGAAGAAUAAUAAACGCCUCAAGGCCCUAUACCAGCGGGCGCUGCGAGUGCGAUCGGCGGUACCUCACCCAAAGAUCAUGGGUAUCAUCCGAGAAUGCGGAGGCAAGAUGCAUAUGAGCGAAGAGAACUGGGAGGAAGCGCAAAGUGACUUCUUCGAAUCAUUCCGGAAUUACGACGAGGCGGGGUCCAUGCAACGGAUCCAAGUCCUGAAAUACCUAGUGCUCACGACGAUGCUAAUGAAGUCUGACAUCAACCCGUUCGAUUCGCAAGAAACCAAACCUUACAAGAACGACCCCCGCAUAUCGGCCAUGACCGAUCUGGUGGACGCCUUUCAGCGCGAUGAUAUCCACGCAUACGAAGCUGUUCUGAGUCAGAAUCCCGACGUGCUGGCCGAUCCCUUCAUUGCCGAGAACAUCGACGAGGUCAGCCGCAACAUGCGGACCAAGGCCGUGCUCAAGCUGAUCGCACCGUACACCCGCUUCUCCCUACAGUUUAUCUCCAAGCAUAUCAAAAUCGCCGUACCAGAGGUGCUGGAGAUCCUAAGCUUCCUCAUCCUGGAUAAGAAGCUCGACGCAAAGAUCGACCAGGAGAAUGGAAUCGUGACAGUGGCAAGUUCUACCGAUACCGAGCGUCUCCGUGCGCUGGAAGAAUGGAGCUCCUCGAUCCGAAGCCUCUGGCAGACUACCCUUAAUGGCGAGGGUCUCCGACCCGACGACACCUCCCAUGGCGGUGGCGCGGGCCCCAUGUUUCAAGGCUUUGGGGAUGAGGCCUCCUACCGCGCUAUGAGCUCGCGCCAACGGAGGGAGCGAAAGGGAUUUGGUGGUAAAUUAGCCGUGGCAUAA